AUGACAGAUGAGAGGGCGCUACUGCAAAGGCGGUAUGAGCAGUCUUCGACUUUCCUUCGAGGCUCAACCUCGGGAGAGCCAUCUACGAGCAAGCGGCCCUAUGUGACGCUCACCUUUGCGCAAACGGUCGAUGGGUACAUCUCCGGGCGGAAGGGGCGGCAACUUCGCCUUAGCGGCGAUGAGAGCAUGGCCAUGACUCACUAUCUCAGAACCCUUCACGAUGCCAUUCUCGUAGGAGUGGGGACGUUGCUGAAUGAUGAUCCCCGGCUCAGUGCUCGCCUCCUGCCCCAAAUCCCCCCUCCAGACUCACAGCCUCGCCCAGUCAUCCUCGACACUCAAUUGCGCUCCCCUCCCACCUGUCGGCUUCUGAAAAACUACCAAAGCGGACAAGGUCGUCAGCCCCUCUUCCUCUGCCGAACCGGUCUCAAAGGUUCCGAGCAGGGGAAGAGUCUCGAAGCGGCAGGGGCGACCAUUGUAGAAGUGACAGGGAUGGACUGGCCCUCGAUCUUGUCUAUUCUGCAUUCACUUGGGGUGAAGAGAUUGAUGGUCGAGGGAGGAGCACAGGUGAUCGAGUCUCUCUUCAUGGCUCGCUCUACCUCCUCUGCCUCCGGUAUAGGUCGCGCAGGUGAUCUCAUCGAUCAACUCAUCGUGACCGUCUCCCCCAACUUUGCUGGGUCGGACUCGACGGGGUACAAGUCCCCCAAAUGGAGCGAUCCUGUUCCUGACAAGACGAAGAAGCAGGCGAGUGCAGAGGAGGAGGAGCAGACUGGAGCUGCGUUCCAGGUCAGGAAGAAGGACUGGUUCGGCGACGACGCAGUGUGGAUCUGGACUCGGGCGAAAACUUGAGUGCAAUCUCAGACAACUGUAGGGAGCGGCAAAGUCUGGUAUUGGUCUAGAGGUGCAAAAUCGACGCCGGUAGCGUCCUCAAAAUCUAUCGUCUCUACUUCUU